CCGUCUUUACGUCACCCAGCGUAAACAGGAAGUCUUCUGCAACCAAGGCGGCGGCAUGGCAGAAAACACAAACCCACACGGUGAUGAAGCUGAUGAACGGAUGCCUGCGCUUUCUGACGGAGAUGACGAUGUGGCAGAUGAUGAUGAUGAUGAUGAGCAGUGGAUGGAGGAGGACACUCAAUCAGUUACCUGUCUGUUCUGUGACAGGACAUUAAACUCUGUAACUGCCAUCCUGCAGCACUGCACAGCUGAGCACCAGCUCAACAUUGUAAACGUAAUAAAGAAGCACAGUUUAGAUGACUAUGGCUACAUAAAAAUGAUCAACUUCAUCAGAUCAACCAAAUGUAGCCCAUCGUGCCUGCUGGGGCUGCCUGACGGUCCUUUACCCUGGGAGAGUGAGGAUUUCCUGCGRCCGGUGCUUCAGGACGACCCACUGCUGCAAACAGACCCUGAGGAGCUCUGUGACAGUGGGGAACCGUUGUCCAUGGCCCAGUCUGACGGCGCUCUGCUGCGGUCGGCGCAAACUACUGAGGAGAGGGUUCUUUCUGCAGAGCAGGCACUGGUCCGAGCCAUGGAGGAUCUACACAAGCUUAAGCUCCUGGCUCAGGAUUUGGUGCUGAAUGCAGAAACCAGUAAAUCUGGAAACCUGGGCUCUGUGGCUGAGCUCCGGGAGGACGAGGACGAGGCCUACUUCAGUUCUUACGGCCAUUAUAGCAUCCACGAGGAGAUGCUGAAGGAUAAAGUGCGRACUGAGAGUUACCGGGACUUCAUGUACAGCAACACUGAAGUGUUCAGGGACAAGGUGGUUCUGGAUGUGGGCUGUGGAACAGGCAUACUUUCCAUGUUUGCAGCCAAAGCCGGGGCCAAAAUGGUGAUUGCAGUGGACCAAUCAGAAAUAAUCUAUCAGGCAAUGGACAUAGUCAGGUCCAAUCAUCUGGAGGACRUUAUCAUUUUGAUCAAAGGCCGUAUUGAGGACAUAAAACUCCCUGUAGAGAAAGUUGACAUCAUCAUAUCAGAAUGGAUGGGUUACUUCUUGCUGUUUGAAUCCAUGUUGGACACUGUCCUGCAUGCCAGAGACCUUUAUUUGGCUGACGAUGGUUCAGUCUACCCAGACCUUUGCAACAUUAGCCUGGCAGCUGUAGGAGAUGCACAGAAGCACCAAGAUCGCAUUGCAUUCUGGGAUGAUGUGUAUGGCUUCAACAUGGCAUGUAUGAAAAAGGCUGUGAUUCCAGAGGCUGUGGUGGAAGUGGUGAACAUAGACACACUCAUUUCUGAGCCUACGGUCAUACAGACAAUUGACUGUAACACCGUGUGCCUGUCAGAACUGGAGUUUACAACAGAUUUCUGCUUGAAAAUGAAAAACACCACUGAGUGCACGGCAAUUGUCGGCUACUUUGACAUUUUCUUCGACAAAGGCUGCAGCAACAAGGUGAAGUUCUCGACAGGUCCCCAGGUCACAAAGACACACUGGAAGCAGACGGUCUUUCUUCUAGAAAAACCUGUGUCCGUUCAAGCAGGAGAAGAGCUCCGAGGAAAGAUCACGGUGCGGAAAAACAAAAAGGAUCCACGCUCGCUGUUUGUCACGCUUGACCUUGGAGACAGGAAACAAACGUAUAGUUUGCAAUAAUGUCAAUAGUGACAUGACAUGACAUGUGCAACAAUGCAACAGACUUCUUUUUUUUUUAUUUGAUUCUGUACUAAAACCUGUGGAAGCAGGAUGGAAUAAAAAUCCCAGUUGUAUUAC